GAAAUAGUGAUUAAACAAUACUUGCGUUCAAUCCUGGACAUAAGUGCGACUCGCGAGAUCUCCACGAGAACGUUCAAGGUUCUCACGUGGCCGGCCCAUGGCUCCACACAGGAGAGUCGCAUCGUUUGAAAGAAAACGUUCAGAUUCAUCACAAAAGCGCUCGGCAUCACCACACAAACGUUCAAGGUCUUCAAGAGAACGGUUGCAGUCUCCACGAAGGAGAUCGAUAUCUCCGCGGAGAACCUCGAAGUCUCCACGAAGGAGAUUAAAGUCCUCAAGAACAAGCUCGAAGUCCCCACGAAGAAGCUCGAGGAGAUCGCAGUCUCCUCGAAGAAGCUCGAAGUCCCCACGAAAAAGCCCGAAGUCUCCACGGAGAAGAUCGAAGUCUCCUCGAAGGCGAUCGAGGUCUCCUCGAAGACGAGUACGCUCCAUGUCUCCUGAAACAAGCAUUGACGUACAGGCCCAGGUGGACCAAGAAUUGUUACAGAGAACAUUUCGUGAUGGUGAAAGACGCGAGAGUUUAACGACAAGCAAAACUCUGUGGGAACGAAACAGAGGCGAAAGUAGUGACAAAGACAUUGAGCCGACACCCAGAACAAUACGAGCCUUUGAAGAAAAACCAAGUAAAGACGAUAAAAUGACUUCCUCUGUUGAUUAUCGACUACGAGCUAGAACACCGAGUGAUCCAAAGCCAUCUAACAAUAACAUUGACAGAAACACGACCAACCAGAAGCGAGUUAAAUAUCAGUCGACUGGUAGCAGUGAUAGCGAAGGACAGGAAGAAAAUGAAAAGAUUAUUCGCUUUGAGAGAAAAAGAAGCAACUUUGAAGAAGAAGAGAGCACAAUGACGAGAUUGCAGUCGAACGGCGCUGAUCGGAAUUCACGAAGUAUAACUCGUGAGUACGAAGAAGAUAAUAACACAUGCAGGUCUUUAACUGAAGAGGACAAAAUAAGUCAUGCAGGCAGAUCAAACGACUUGAAUAAACUUGCUGAAAAACACAGAGAAUAUGCUGAGAGUGACAAAGAUUUCAUUCCACGCAACAGGCAUUGCCUUAAAGAAGAUAAAUCACAUACAAACAGUGAUAGCUCCGACAGCGAUGGUGAGCAAGAGGUGAAGCGUAGUGCCCAUGAGGGGCAGGGUGGGGUUAAACGUCAGGGUACCCAUGUUAGUAAUACUGACCAUCCUCAGCGCAGCCGCAGUAGGAGUGCUGAGAGUGGCAGGAACCCUUCUAAUGAGAAGAACCGGAAGUCGCGUCAUUAUCAUCAUCACCAUCGUCAUCGUCGGCAUCAUCAUCGUCAUCAUCGCAACAGAAGCUCCACUCCGUCAGAAAACAGGGCUGAGAAACAGAGAAACCGCGAUAGCACGAGCUGAAGGAGCGGACUGUUAAUAUUUGUAAUAACACCCUAAGUAAAUAUAUUAAUGUCAAACAUUCACUGAAAUGCAAAGCAGACUUAUUUUAGGACAUGAUACUGAAGUGUGCUCGAACAAUAGGCUAAAAUAAUUACUUCAUUUGAUAAUAUGUAGCUUCGCUUUCUCAAGGAACACAAGAAAGCAAACACAUAACUAGUUUUGCUACUCUCGUCAUUACUGGUUGAGAGCGCAGACCACGUGAUUACCAGGACAUGUUAUGUUUUUUGAACACAGAAUACAUGAAAACCAAAAAUUCAAUGAACGUUUGGCGUCACGAGACGAUAGUAGAACUAUCCACUGUGUGACUUUUUGCUAAGCGACAGUGAUUUUGCUUGAUACCGUUUUACGUUUUUGAGUUUAAACUGGUAGAUCUUUGACAAUUGGUGUGACACGAGCCAAGAAACGGAAAAGAUAAUCACCAAAAGUUGUAAGGAAAAAUGACAAUAAAGCCUAAAUUAGAGUCAAUUUCUGAAGUAACGUGCGCUGUGGCAUCGAGGAUGUUGUUGAUAUUGAUGUUGUGGUUGAUUAAAAUGUCUUCAAAGUUUUGAAGUUUUUUCAAGCAGUCCGGGCCGCGUUUCAUCACUUGACAAUCAAACAGAGGAGGUUGCGUUUUUCGGUCUUGUUCAGUUACCUUGGAAACUGACCGAUCAGAGCGAUAUCCUGAAGACAUGACUUGUUUGAGUUUAAACAUGUAAAUUGAAAGCAUUUUUGCGACAAUUCGGCUGGCUCCAUAAAACUCCAAUUAUAAGCCUUCACCACCCGCCUCGUUAAUAAUUGCCCCCGCUUAUAGGCUAAUCUACAUGACAACCAAAACAACUAUUUCCUGUAUAACCCCUUCGUUUUUAAGCGACUCCUUGUUGUUUCUUCAAUGUUAUUCCUAACAACUCCCAGAAAAAGUAGGGUG